AUGAUAUUAGGCAACUUAUCUACCGCGAGCUCCUUGGAUCGCACAGGAUUCAUAUGGCGCGCAAAGGACGAAUCCGCUUCUGCAAAAAUCGACUGUCAUAUCUACAUGGCGGAAAAAUACACACCAACAUACUCCUAACCUGUAAAGCGGCCCUCAACGAGGGAAUACACCUCUUUUAUCAACUCAACACAUUCUACUUCACCUUCCCAACAGACCUCAUCCAAUUCUUCACCGAGACCAACAGUACAGCGGUCGACCAAAUAAUAUCUUACGAGCUCAGGUGUGUUGUUGAAAUCACAUACGACAAGCCCAUUCUAGACCUUGAUGUACUGACAUGGGUUCUGGACCGCUACCUUCGGCCUGAUGAUGUCAAGGUCAAGCUUGAUAUUGUCUCAGAAUGGGCCUGUAGGCCCUUCAGCAAGGCUUGCAAAGAGAAGACUGCCGAGGCGCUGGGGCGAUUUCUCGCACUUCGAAAGCUGGGGGCUGCUGUCGUCGUCGUGCCUCACAUCUUUAAGGAAGUCAUGCAGAAGACGCUGGAGACUUCGGGUCCUCACAUUUAGUUUGAGCUUCGUGAGGCAGAGCGAUCGAGACCUUUGCCUUUCACUGAACUGGACGAGUUCAUAUAUUAUUUUCGUCCCGUAGCCCGUCAGGUCCUUCUUCACUGUACUUCUUCCCCCCCUUCAGCACAUCAGUCACACCAUGAAUGGAGUUCUGCAUCCAGUGCUGCGUUCCGUUUGGAGUUGCGAGAGUCUUGGCCACGACACCAUCUCCAACCAGGUAUUUCUCAUCCAGCGUCCCCAAGUACAGAUCAAAUAUUGGGGUGUAAUCAGCUGAGCGCCAUGCGAGCGACGUGCCGCAGUCACCACAGAACCCACGGAAUCGACCAGGUGAGGACAUGUACUCUUUGAAGGAUGCGAAAGUGCCCAGUGCUGGACUGAUGUGCUUGGGGGAUAUGACGAGGAAUUGGGCAAUCAGAGAGGAUGUCCACUUGCGACACAUUGUACCUAGUUUCAUGUUUGUUAGCUGUCUUGGUGUCUAUCGAUGGAAUAGACUUACAUUGGCAUGCUGAUGACUGUUCACAAGUGAGUUAGCUAAAGUGAUUAAAGACCAUUCAUGUAUAACUCACAAUUGGUGGCCAUGGGUACUCUUCGUUAAAGUUGACGGUGUACCGAAUAGCACCACAGAGACAUCCGCCUGUGAUAGCAGAAGGGGUAUCUUGGUUGUUAUCGUUCAUGAUGAUCUUGUAGUGUGCGAAAUAGAUGACGUGAGGGG